AUGGCCUUCCGGAGGAGCCUAGCCCCUCUCCCACUCCUUGGCCUCCUGUCUUUCCUCCUCCUCCACCCCAUCGCCACCACUUCUACGUCCGCCACCGGAAUCCGCCUUGGCAUACUCCGCAAGCCAUCCCCCGACGUGCCCAGCUUCCGUGAAGCCCCUGCUUUCCGCAAUGAGGAGACCUGUGGCUCCGCGGACACUGAUCGCAUCCAUAUCGUCAUGACCCUUGAUGCCAAUUAUCUCAGAGGGACCAUGGCUGCCGUAUUGUCAAUCCUACAGCACUCAUCAUGCCCGGAGAACGUCGCUUUCCACUUCCUCUCAGCCCGGUCCGAGCCUGAUAUCAUCGCCAGCAUCCGUUCCACCUUCCCUUAUCUCAAUUUCAAGGUCUACCACUUCGACUCGAACCGGGUCCGUGGCAAGAUCUCAAAGUCAAUUCGCCUAGCUCUGGACCAACCUCUGAAUUAUGCACGCAUCUACCUUGCAGAUAUCGUCCCGGCCGACGUGGAUCGUAUCAUCUACCUCGACUCUGACACAAUCGUGGUUGACGACAUCGCAAAGCUCUGGAGGGUGGAUUUGGGUGACAAGGUGAUAGCCGCACCAGAGUACUGCCAUGCAAAUUUCACCCAAUACUUCACGGAUGCAUUUUGGUCAGACCCAGCUUUGGCGACAACAUUUGAAGGAAGGAAGCCCUGUUACUUCAACACAGGGGUGAUGGUAGUUGAUGUGGAUAAAUGGCGACAAGGAAGUUACACCGAGAAGGUUGAGGAGUGGAUGUGGCUGCAGAAACAGAAGAGAAUAUAUCACUUGGGCUCUCUACCACCUUUCUUGCUGGUGUUGGCUGGGAAUAUCAAAGCAGUUGAUCAUAGAUGGAACCAACACGGAUUAGGUGGUGACAACUUCGAAGGCAAAUGUAGGAACCUUCACCCUGGUCCCAUCAGUCUACUCCACUGGAGUGGGAAGGGUAAGCCAUGGCUGAGGUUGGACUCCCGAAAGCCGUGUGCCGUUGAUUAUUUAUGGCAACCGUAUGAUCUCUAUCGUUCAACAGUCACUCUAGAAGAAUGA